GUGACGUCAUGAGUCCGGCCCGCUGGAGCUAAGCAAGGGGCCGGGGGGCGCGGAUCCUGAGAGCCAGGCGGGCAAAGCUGGGCCAAAAGAACUGAUCCCGAGAGCCGCGUGCGGCCGAAGCCGGCCUGGAGCCGGACACUUCAGGUCGCAGACUGCCCUCCCAGCCGAUCCGUGCACGAAGAGUGGUCCCUAGGCACCCUCUGCCCGGGCCCUGUCCUUCCCCGGGCCCCCCAUGGCCCGGGCCGCAGUCCUCCCGCCGUCCAGAUUGUCACCGACGCUGCCGUUGUUGCCGCUGCUGCUGCUCCUGCUUCGGGAAACAGGAGCCCAGGAUGUCCGGGUACGAGUGCUUCCCGAGGUUCGGGGGCGCCUGGGAGGCACCGUGGAGUUACCGUGCCACCUGCUCCCCCCCACGUCGGAGCGCGUCUCUCAGGUGACCUGGCAGCGCCUGGACGCCACAGUCGUGGCCGCCUUCCACCCAUCCUUCGGCGUGGAUUUCCCCAACUCUCAGUUCAGCAAGGACCGCCUGUCGUUUGUGAGCGCGAGACAAGACAGAAACGCGGACCUGCGGGAUGCCACGCUGGCUUUCCGGGGACUGAGGGUGGAGGAUGAGGGCAAUUAUACCUGCGAGUUUGCCACCUUUCCCAACGGGACCCGCAGGGGGGUGACCUGGCUCAGAGUCAUAGCCCAGCCUGAGAACCACGCCGAAGCUCAGGAGGUCACGAUUGGUCCCCAGUCCGUGCCCGUCGCCCGCUGUGUCUCCACGGGGGGACGUCCGCCUGCCCGAGUUACCUGGAUCUCAUCCCUGGGUGGAGAUGCCAAAGACAUUCAGGAGCCGGGGCCACAGUCUGGCACUGUCACCAUCAUCAGCCGAUACUCCAUGGUACCCACGGGCCGAGCGGAUGGCGUCAAGGUCACGUGCAAAGUGGAACAUGAGAGCUUUGAAGAACCGAUCCUACUGCCGGUGACCCUCUCCGUGCGCUACCCUCCAGAAGUAUCCAUCUCUGGCUAUGACGACAACUGGUACAUUGGCCGCAGUGAGGCCAUCCUGACCUGUGAUGUACGAAGCAACCCAGAGCCCACAGGCUACGACUGGAGCACGACCUCGGGCGUGUUCCCAUCCUCCGCAGUCGUCCAGGGUUCUCAGCUGCUCGUCCACUCCGUGGAUCGAAUGGUCAACACGACCUUCAUCUGUACUGCCACCAAUGCCGUGGGGACAGGCCGUGCUGAGCAGGUCAUCCUCGUGCGAGAGUCGCCCAGCACGGCGGGAGCGGGGGCCACGGGUGGCAUCAUCGGAGGCAUCAUCGCUGCCAUCAUUGCCACCGCGGUGGCUGCCACCGGCGUCCUCAUCUGCAGACAACAACAGAAGGAGCAGAGGCUUCAGGGGGCAGAUGAGGAAGAAGAACUGGAAGGACCUCCCUCCUAUAAGCCACCAACCCCCAAGGCCAAGCUGGAGGAACCAGAGAUGCCCUCCCAACUUUUCACUCUGGGGGCCUCGGAGCACAGCCCCGUGAAGACGCCAUACUUCGAUGCUGGUGUCUCUUGUGCUGAUCAGGAUCAGAUGCCUCGGUAUCAUGAGCUGCCCACGCUGGAAGAACGGUCAGGACCCCUGCUCCUGGGGGCCACAGGCCUGGGACCUUCUCUUCUGGCUCCUCCAGGACCCCCUGUUGUGGAAGGGGUUUCCCUGGGUCUCGAAGAUGAGGAGGAAGAGGAGGAGGAAGACUUCCUGGAUAAAAUCAACCCUAUUUACGAUGCCCUGGCCUAUUCCAGCCCCUCUGACUCUUACCAGGGCAAAGACUUUUUUGUGUCACGGGCCAUGUAUGUAUGAGACACAGGGGCUCUGACCUCUCACCCUUCACCCUUGACCCCUCAGCUUUCCACCAGUGAUCUAGAAACAUUCUGACUUCCAGCCAAGCCAGGGUCAGCAAUCACCCCUGCAAUCCACCUCUGACUUCUUAGUGGCUCUCCACCAUGACAUCCAAUCUAUGAUUUCUGAGGCAGCCGAACCUACGUGACUGGAAACCUGGGAAUUUUAUCUCCCGAAGCAGGAGACCUCAGAGGAUCCUUCUGCACCACCCGUGACCCUCCGACCAGGCCACAUUCACACA